AUGAAGCACUUAACUUUGCUGGCAUUAGCUAUCACUUUAAUUGCGGCAGUUUUUGCUGCAAAAUCUCCUUACCAGUCAGUUCUUCAGCAUAGCAGAAUAAGAGGACGACCACAUGGCCCCAAUGUCUGCGCUAUGCAGAUGAUCCAAGGUACUGACAAGAAGUACUUCACCAACUGCAAGCAAUGGUAUCACCGCAAAAUAUGCGGUCGACCAACAGUUGUCAGCUAUGAGUGCUGCCCAGGCUAUGAAAAGGUUGUUGGAGAGAAGGGCUGUCCAGCAGCUCUGCCCUUGGUUAACAUCUAUAACACUUUGGGUGUGGUCGGAGCCACUACCACUAAGAUGUACUCUGAGCGGGCUAACCUUCAGGAGGAGAUUGAAGGCCCUGGCAGCUUCACCUUUUUUGCUCCCAGUAAUGAGGCUUGGGCUGCCCUUCCCACGGAAAUCCUGGAUGCCCUGGUGAGCAACGUGAACAUUGAACUUCUCAACGCAUUGCAUUACCACAUGGUCAACAGACGCCUGACCUCCGAUGACCUCAAGCACGGUUCCUCUUACCCCUCCAUGUACCAAGACUUUGACGUCCAUAUUCACCAUUACCCCAACGGGAUUGUAACUGUAAACUGUGCCCGCCUUGUCAAGACGGACCAGCACGCUACCAAUGGAAUUGUACAUGUUGUUGACAGAGUCAUCACGGCCAUCACCAACACCGUCCACAACUUCAUCGACACCGACGAUGAUCUGGAUACUCUGCGUACUGCCAUCGCAGCUGCUGGACUAACCAACCUUCUGGAGAGUGAAGGUUCUUACACGAUCUUUGCGCCAACCAAUGAGGCCUUUGAGAAGAUCCCCCCAGACACUCUGAACAGGAUCUUGGGAGAUCCCGUUGCUCUUAAAGAUCUGCUGAACUACCAUAUCCUGAAGAACAUGCACUGCUCCGAGUCCAUUGUGUCUGGCACUCCACUGGAGACUUUGCAAGGCACUGUGCUGGAGGUGGGUUGUGAAGGAGAUGAGAUGACUCUCAAUGGUAAAGCCAUCAUUAAAUCCAAAGACCAGCUUGGGACCAAUGGAGUCAUUCACUACAUUAAUGAGGUUCUCAUCCCAGACUCAGCUAAGACCCUUCUGGAGCUCGCUGAGGGAUCUGCUCUGACGACAGCAACAAAACUCUUUACCGAGGCUGGUCUUUCUGCUCACCUUUCUGGUUCGGAGGCUGUCACUCUCUUGGCUCCCCAGAAUGAAGCUUUUAAAGAUGGCGUCCCAGUCAUGACAGCUGACCUGAAGGAUCUGCUGAAGAAUCACAUUCUUAAGGAAAAACUUUCCUCCAAGAGCCUUUACCAUGGUCAAGAGCUGGAGACCUUUGGUGGUUUGAAGCUCAGAGUUUUUGUGUACAGAAAUAACCUGUGCAUUGAGAACGCUUGCAUUGCUGCCCAUGACAAGACUGGCCGUUUCGCAACCAUGUUCACUAUUGAUAAAGUGUUGAGUCCUCCAAUGGGUACGGUAAUGGAUGUUCUGAAGGCAGACUAUCGUUUCAGCACGUUGGUGGGGGCUAUUCAGACAGCCGGAAUGACGGAGCUGUUGAAUAAGCAAGGGGCCUACACCAUCUUCGCGCCUACCAACGAAGCCUUCAGCGCCAUGCCUGCAGCCGAACGCAGCAGACUCAUGAGAGACCCCCAGCAGCUGGCCGGUGUCCUGAAGUAUCACAUCGGCGAGGAGUUCCUGGUCAGCGGAGGAGUGACCUCACAUACCAGAGUCAAGACUCUCCAGGGAGACAAGCUGGAGCUGGGUAUGCGUAACUACACCAUGUACAUCAACAGGGUCCCAGCAAUCGAGGCAGAUCUGAUGGCUACUAAUGGAGUUGUCCAUGCUGUUGGCUCAAUUAUACAGCCGCUACCUCCCAAGACCGUGAGCGACCAACCUGAAGGUGGGGUGAGGCGCAUGUCUGCUAUGAGGGCCAGCCCUCAGGUUAUGAAAAACGAGGAACUCUUUGAGAAAGUCUUGAGAAGUCGGUCAAGCAGGACAGUGAAACGUCUCCAAUAAACUGUGGUGAAAGAGGAAAGCACCAAAAGUCAAUCUCCGAGGUUGGAUGGCAAAUGUUAAUGUUUCUGAAGUGUAUUCACACAGAGGGAAUUCGUCGGUGUCUAAAAUUAAAGCAAAGUUCCAAAGAAAUAAAUAACAGAUAAGGAUGGGUAAAAUAAAUAUUUUAACAAUUAAAGACUGUAUGAUU